UUCGUUCACUACACCAUCCAUGAGUUCCUGAUGGAGAAUGAGGCCGAGGUCUCUCCUGCAAUUCAGCUAGAUAUUGCCAAUACCUGCCUAACGUAUCUAGCAUUUCAAGAUUUUCGGAAGAAAGCCCUGGACCUGAGCAACCAGACGUCGAAAUUGAGCGCAAUUGCAUCACAUCCUUUCGUGUUGUACGCUGCAGAUUUCUGGCCUGCACACGCUUUUCCUCGACAAAGCGGAUUUAACGUCCAAGCAGUGAAGAUGCUCCUUUGAUCGCGAUUUCCUGGUCUUAGCAAAAACUGGCUUCAAUUUGCUCUGCGUCAUCCUUUGGAUGUAAUUUCUACCAAUAUUCCAAUUGGAUUCGCUGCUGCAGCCGUCGAGCGUCACGACAAUGCUGAACUGCUCCGUAUGAUGCUGGGCGAAGGACUCUUCGUGAAUGUUAGGUUCUACAGCACCAUAACGCCGCUUACUCUUGCCAUUAAAUUCGGACAUACUCAGUGUACCAAGAUGAUAUUCCUAGCAAGAUGGCACUUUCAGCCCGAGAAGACUUCUGAAUGGGUGUUACUGGCAACCAGAACAGCCUUAAAGGUACAAUCAGUUGAUGGAUUGGAAAUGUUAAUCCAUGCAAGCCUGGAGGGCCUCGAAGCCCUUGUAGACCAGAAAGAAUCGCCAGCCUACCCUUGCCUUUCCAGAUGGGGGUCGCAGGAAGACUUCAGACAGGCUAUCAUUCGCGAGGUUGUACGGAAUGGCAACACAUCUAUGCUAGAUACUGUAUUGAAAACGUAUACUCAAUAUCAAUCUUUCAUCUCCGGGCCAGAACUACAGGGACCAUUGCUAGUGGCCAUGAAUCUCGGAGAUAUACCCGCUCCGAGGAAACUCCUCAAAUCUGGCGCAAACGUAAACAAGACUGCACCUGGAGGUACGUCUCCAUUGAUGGCUGCUGUUGGUUUCGAAGAACUGGGGAUGGUCAGACUUGUCCUCGAAUUCGGCGUAGACUUCAACAAAGAAAGUAAUAGUGACGUACUCGCCCGAGCAAUAUCGAUGACACAUCUAGAGAUAACGCUCGCGUUACUAAAAGCUGGUGGACCCCUCAGCUCAGAAGUACUGGGAUCGGCCUUCGGUAACCGAGCUGACUGGAUAUCCGACCAACUCGCACAAGAAGGGUUCGUUAUUCGGUCUGAUGUGACACAUAAGACGUCUCGUCAAGACCAUAUCAGAGAUCAUUCCGAAAAGCUCGCACUGACCUUGUUACGGCUCGGUGGCAUUGCUAGACUGCCUCCCGUUGCUAUAGGCGACGUGCGUUUGUUGGAAGCUCUCAUUCUCGAAGAUUAUGAGCUACUUGAGAAGUUACUUCUUCAACAAGAAAAGGAAGAUGGGUUAAAAGCGGAGGUGCGAUUUGUGCUGGAAACCCUACGUGUUCAAGAUGGCCAUGCCAUUUCCAUGAUCAACGCAGCUUUUCACAAUCUCAACAAACGGUGACCAUUCACCAAAAGCACGCCCUGGGUCAGCAGCGACCUUUUGGUCAGAAGCAUCAGGGUGGGUCACCUACGGCUGAAGAAGCUCCCCAUGGAAUCUUUUUUGAAGAGUUGCCCUCGACCAGUGGAUGUGAUGUCAACAGAGCCAGCUCAUG